AAGGUGACUUUAUCAGACAAUCGCGUAUAUGACGUAGCCUCUAUGACCCGAUAUAGUUUAUGCCCGUGUCAAUGCCUUGUAUGUACAUCAAGUGUUCACGAGGUGAAGAUGUGUGAACUCUUGGUGGAAUUCUUUGGGAUUUUAGUCGCUGUGUGUCUGUGUAUACUCGCCUCUGUAGCAUGGCAUAUUCAUCGACAACAUCAAAAGUAUGAUCAUCUACCUGGGCCUCCCAGGGACAGCUUCUGGAGUGGACACAUCCGGUCGAUCGAAAAGGUGGUUGCUGCUGGUGGUAUUAUGGAUGACUAUCUAAUAGAAAUUUCCAAAACUCAUGGACUGGUUUUCCGUCUAUGUGUGUGGCAUCAAGUUUUUGUCUUCGUUUUAGAUCCAGAAUGCAUUAAGGAUGUUCUGGUUACUGGAAAUCAUCCAAAAUCGAAACGGAUAUAUUCAAAAAUUACCAACGUCUUUGGUGCAAGAUUUUUGGGAGAGGGAAUUGAAACGGAGCUCAAUAGCAAGAUCUGGGUUUUGCAUCGAAUGCAUCUUGAGCUAUGGUUCAAACCAAGCUACAUUGGAAAAUUUGCAUCUGAAUUCAACGGGUUUGCCGAUCGUUACGCAGAGUACCUGGAAAGCAAAGCGGACGGCAAGACAGAGAUACACAUGUUGAAUACGUUUAACAAACUGAUGUUGCAUCUUUUGUAUAAGGUAGCAUUCAGUGUAGACAUGGGACCGCUAACUGAUGAGGAUCAUCCUUUUGUCACGACAAUGAAGACAGCUGUAAUAGGAUUUGCGAAUCUUCUGUCAAGCCCUUUGGUAGCUAUAAAUCCGUUCAAAUGGAGAUUUCGCCGGGAUGUUCGAGAAGCUAUAAAAUAUAUCAGACAAAGCGCCGAACAAAUGAUGACAGACAGAAAUGUAGCAAAACGAAACGGCGACUAUGUUCCCCACGAUCUCUUGGAGUACAUAAUGGAACUUAAAGAAAAGCAUCCAUCAAAAAUGACGGACGAAAUACUGUUGGACAAUUUCCUGACAUUUCUUUUGGCAGGACAGGAAACAUCUGCCAACACCUUGGGCUUUAUGAUUGCCCUGCUCGCAAAGAAUCCAGAAUGUUACAAAAAGCUACAAAAGGAAGUUGAUGAAAACGUUGGCGCCGUGGCUGUGAUCACAUUCGAUGAGCUUGUGAAGUUACCGUACCUAGAUAUGGUGUUGAAAGAAACACUCCGGCUAUACCCUGUGGUUAAGUCAUCAUUUCGAGAGACAGCCACUGACUACGUCCUCGGCGGUCACCAUAUCCCCGCCGGAACUGACAUGGUAGCUAGUUUCUACGCGACGUCCAGGUCAGAGCAAAAUAUAACAAACCCCUCGGAAUUUAUGCCAGAACGAUUCGACGUCGACAGCCCAGAGAAAUUUAGCAAAUUUGUUUCCACACCAUUUUCAACUGGACCCCAUACAUGCAUCGGGAAAAAAUUUGCAGAGAUAGAGAUGAAAAUCAUCAUUGUCAAGAUCAUGCAGAAUUUCGACUUUGAAUUGAUUCCCGGACAAACUUGUGAAAUACAAGACAACACAUUACUGCAACCGAAAAGUGGCGUCAAGUGUUUCCUCCGCCCGCGGAAAACAGUAACAGCGUAAUGAGCAAGACUGUCAUGUGUCAUAAUGCAAAAGUAUUAUUUUAAAUUAUAGUAUUUUGUAUUGAAAGCGAGAACAAAAUCCAAUGUUUCCCUUAAAAAACACGUUUUUAAUUCAUUUUUUGUAUAUACAUUGUUCGAUUUACCACCGUUGUGGACUCUUGAUGGUUUUUAAAGGGAUGUUACACUGCAAGGUUUUAAUAGUUAUAUCGAUUUUUGUUAUUUCUAACAUGUGAUCUUGAUUAACUGAGAAAUGAAAAAAACAGCAAACAACCGCUGACACGGUAAUGUAAUGGCCUAGACAGUAACCUAUGUUUGGGGUCCGUAUUUGCUUUUGCAAAGUGAAUAUAUCUGAAACAAUGAACAAUUGUAAAACACAUCAUAUACUUAAGUAAGGCCCGUCUGUAUAUGGAACAUAACAGUUAUAAUCAUUGUUGUUAUUAUGGUAUAUUUACAAUUGCCACUGUUUCUGAAUCGAUAACGUAAGUGUAGGCAGGUCUGUUUAUUUCUCUAUAACUUUAGUGUAGAACGUGAUUCAGUUCACCGCGUAGGAAUAUAUGUAAAUAUGGGCAGACUUCUUUCCGCAAACCUCAUGUGAAUGUUUACAAACAAACGCUAGCAUUUAGACUACCGUGCGUUCGAGACAACAAAUGAUGUCGGGUUCGAGAGAAGACAGUACUAAGUAUUUUGCCCCAGUACCUCAAUUUCGUACAAAUAUAGAAUUAUCUAUUCCAUUACCUUCAAAUACAAUUAUGAAGAUAUUGUAUGAAAUUAAAUAUGAAUAUUUUAUGUGAAUAAAAAUAUUGAAAUGGAGGAACUUUUUUCAUUUAAUGUUACGGAUAAAGUUGGCGGGGUUUAGCUGUCUGUCAACGGCUUUUGCGAAUGACUGUUUCGCAUGGAUUAACAUGACAUCAAAAUAAUUUUGAAAGCAGAU